GCCGCCGCCGCCGCCCUCCUGCCUGCCGCAUUCCUGGCUUGGUGCCCUCGCGGGAUUCGUUCGAGUUGCGCCGGUUUCCUCUCGCCGGCGGGGAUUCACCCGUGCCGCGAGCCUGAGCGCGCAGUAGGUCUUUGGGUCAGUUACUAUUGGUAUUCUGGUUGUGAUGGAGUGAUUUGGAAGACUGGGCCGCCCGGAAGCUUUGUUGGUGGACCUGAUGGGGAGCAACGAUCCUAGCACGCCGUCCAAGGCUUCAAAGUCGUCGGAACAGGAACAACCUCCAGCCACUACCUCUGCAACUACAGCUCCAGUUUACCCUGAAUGGCCCGGCUUUCAGGGAUACUCAGCGAUGCCACCACAUGGGUUUUUCCCCCCUCCUGUUGCUGCAGGCCAGGCUCAUCCAUACAUGUGGGGAGCUCAGCAUAUGGUACCACCUUAUGGGACGCCACCACCACCUUAUAUGAUGUAUCCACCAGGAACAGUAUAUGCCCAUCCCUCCACUCCUGGUGUGCAUCCAUUUCAUUAUCCUAUGGCAACAAAUGGAAAUGUGGAACCUGCUGGAGCUGCUCCAGGUGCUCCAGAAGUGAAUGGGAAAAAUGAGCCCGGCAGAACAUCUGGUCCAUCUGCCAACGGGGUUACAUCGAACAGUGAAAGUGGAAGUGAUAGUGAGAGUGAAGGAAGUGAUGCCAAUUCUCAAAAUGAUUCACAUUCAAAGGAGAAUGAUGUAAAUGAAAAUGGCAGUGCUCAGAAUGGUGUAUCUCAUUCAUCUUCGCAUGGCGUAUUUAAUGAAACCAUGUCGUUGGUUCCAGUACAAUCAGGUGCAUUGAUAGGGGGAGUUGCUGGUCCUGCGACAAACUUGAAUAUAGGAAUGGAUUACUGGGGUGCUACUGGUUCUUCACCUGUUCCUGCAAUGCGCAGCAAAGUAGCGUCUGGUUCAGCUCGAGGAGAGCAAUGGGAUGAAAGGGAACUGAAGAAGCAGAAAAGGAAGCUGUCUAAUCGGGAAUCAGCACGCAGGUCCCGUCUCCGCAAGCAGGCCGAGUGUGAAGAGCUCGGCCAACGCGCUGAAGCUUUGAAGGCAGAGAACUCGUCUCUUAGGGUCGAGCUUGAACGGAUCAAAAAGGAGUACGAGGAACUUCUUUUAAAGAAUACUUCUCUAAAGGAGAAGCUAGGGGAGACUGGCGGCGAUGCGGUACCCGACAUGAACAAGCGGAACGACACCAACGGCAGCCACCACGAGCAGAAGGAAGCCUGACCAGUGCAACACGGAGUCCGCUACUUACUUAGCUCCAAUGACUACGAUUCUUGUAAUAGAUCAACUGCAAAUUUGCUACACAAUGAUUUUCUUUUAGUUAUCAAAGCGUCCUCUGUGCCAGUCCCAGGUUCUGAGAAUGGCAUGGCAAGCUGUUGCUACCUGCAGCACUACUUACUCCUUACACCUUGUUCUUCUCAUGCUAUUGUGGAAAAUAGAAAUCAUUUGUGCACUCCUACUUUUAUACAGAGAAUACUCAUUUGAAGUUUUGUUCA